AGAUUGAGAGACGGUUAGGUGUUAUUUGUAAACUUACGUUGGCAUGAUUCCAAGUGUGUGAACAUUUUUUCAUCUCGGUCGGGAAGGAGGAGGAUUAAGAUUCAAGAUGAGUACUUUUGUGGGUUAUAAGUCGGUUGGCUUCGUGAGCAACCAUUUGCCUCUCCAAUUGCGUUACAUUCGACCCAGAGGUGGUUAUUUGGUAGUGACAUGUGUUGGCAACACUAUCCAUACCUACACGGGAGAAAAUUUUCGGCUCUUGACGGUUGGCCGACCCUUGGACGAUGAGAUUCUCUGUAUGGCUGCGGAUGCGUACCACGUUUAUACCGGCGUGGGCAAGAAGAUUUAUGCCUGGCGUCGAGGUACUGAGAUUGAAGCCGUUUACGAAGGUCACGUUGCCAAUUUGAUAGGUUUGAUGCCUUUUGGCCCUCAUUUGAUUGCGGCUGAUGAAAGCGGGGCAGUCAAAGUGUGGGACAUCAAAGCCAAGAGUGAGUAUUGAUGAUCUUUUU